AAGCUCUUGUACCAGACAAAAGGGGGAAAAAACUUACUAUCAAGGAAAGAGCUCAAUAUUGUGCAAAAACUAAAGAUGUGUGGGAUAUUUGGUUACAUGCUUUAGACUUAGCUGUUCCAAAAAAUAAUACAGAUGAGGCAAUUGUGGCAGCCAGUUCCUGUUUAUCGCAAUUUCGUAAAGAAUUAGCAGGAGCUGGAGUUGAUCUUGAGCAAAUUAAUACAUAUGCCAAAUUACCAAAUGUUACUCGAGCUUCUAACAAAAUUCAGAAGAGAAAA